AUGUUGAUUAAUCGCUUGAGUAGGGUUCGAUCUGUAAGGUAUUUUUAUAAUGCUAAACCCAUUCUGUCUAAAGAGGUUUCACGACGAGUGAUCGUUGCGCCAGCGUCGCACUUCAGAACCUCCAGUCCAAAUCUCAAGAGUAACAUACCCAUCCAUGAGUACAAGCAACUGCCAGAGGACUCGAAUUACAUUGAAAAGCACUACAGAGAAUUACAAAUAUUUCUGAAUGAGUUUUUAAUGAAGAAACUAAACAAAACUUAUGCCGAUUUCGAAGGAAAUCCAGAUGAACUGGUGUUUCAGCUCGAAAAGUUCAUUGAAUUAGAAGUCACAUCGAAAUGUACGGAUCACACCACCUCAGACAGUCGUAAGGGAGGAUUCAAAUCCAUCGGAGACAGGAUAGUCGUUGAUCGUUAUUUGGAUUUUGUUAAAGAUGUCAGGCUAACACUGCUUCUAAAUGGAGGACAUUCCUUCAUAUUUGACGUUAUGCUGCAAGCUAAAGAGGUAUUUGAUAAAAUGCAGAAGCAGUGA